AACGACUCGGCGCCCAAUGCGCCAGACCACACUGCGCGGGAUCACCGGCGCUGCGCGCUCCGGUCCCGCCUCACCCACCCGCGCCGCCGCCGACCCGCACGACAUGCAGCGCUUCGCGUCCAAGCAGGCCCUCGACCACGACCGGGCUGUGCGAGAGCUCAAGGACGGCAGGAAGGCUGGCUGCUGGUCGUGGUGGAUCUUCCCGACGCCGCCGUUCAUCCGGAACGGCGAGCGUGUCGGCUCGCCCAUCAACCAGGUGUACGAGCUCGCCGACGACGCCGAAGGGCUCGCAUACCUACUCUUCCGCGACGGCCAGCUGCGGAGCAACUACCUCGCGGUGCUCGACGCGAUGAGUGGCUCGCUCGAGGAGGGAGUCGAGCCGCGCAGGCUGCUCGGCAUCGACGUGCCUCGCGCCGUCGCCUCAGUCCGCUACUUUUCGCACCUCGCCACGCUCGGCGACGGCGACGAGGCGCUGCGCGACGGCUGCGAGCGAGCGCUCGGUCUGCUCGUGCCGGACGACUCGGCCGACGCCGGCGGUGGCGGCGGCCGGCAGCAAAAGCGCGCGCACCCGGGGUGAGUCGGCCGCCACCGACACUCUCUCGUGCGCAGAGGGCGCUGCUGGGCCGCGCAAAGAAGCGUGUGGACGGCUCGAUCUCUGGCCGUGGCGCACACCGAUUUGAGGCAUAUUUUUGCGAAUUUACGAGAUAGCAAAUGGUUUGC